CCUUUCCUUUUCGAUGCAAACUAACCCUGUCUUCUGCAAUUUCUGCUACCACAUCACUGCCACCUCGAUUAGAGAUCUUCUCCUCCUUCAAUGAUCUGAAGGUCACCGGCGAUUCACACCAUAUUGGCAAAGUGUAAAUCAGAUCACCAUCUGUGAUCUCUAUCUUUGAAGGAAUAUUCUCCCUUGGCCCUCGUACUUUGAUUCUCGCCCAUCUCAAAUGGUUUUUGAGUUCUGUUUCUUCCUCGUUCUCCAACCAACCUCCACAAUCAUCCCCGAUUUUCUUCAUGACCUUUUUGUUCCAGAGGUGUAAGGGAAGCCCUAACACCCUUAUCCAGAACCAAUCAAAAAUUGUUUGAUCAGGGAAAGCCCCCUUAGUCGGGGACCACCAGUCCAGUUUCAAGAUGAUUCCCUGACGUCUUCACUCCCCCAUGAAACAUGCUCCGCUGCCUGCCUUGACUGAAAUUCAAAGAGGAAUUGGAAUCCAUUCAUGUCAUACACUUGAGUGUUAGGAGUAUUCUUCCAGGUUUGCUGUGCCCACCUCCUAACAUCAUUUCGAGUUGGAACCUCUUCUCCUCCACAGAAUCUACCAACAAGGCAUAUUUGAAGGAGAUCAUUGUCUUCCAGGCUCGAGUGUCAAGGCAUAGAACUCUUAUGAACUUGUUUGACAAAGUGCCAAUGGUUGCUAAAGAUGCUUUUGUGGCCCCUAGUGCAUCUCUAAUUGGUGAUGUUCACGUUGGACAUAAUGCUUCUAUUUGGUAUGGAUGUGUUCUGCGAGGUGAUGUGAACAGUAUUAGUAUUGGAGCAGGAAGCAAUAUCCAGGACAAUUCUCUUGUUCAUGUAGCCAAAUCAAAUUUAAGUGGAAAGGUUUUGCCAACAACUAUUGGCAAAAAUGUUACUGUAGGUCAUAGUGCUGUCUUACAUGGAUGUACUGUUGAAGAUGAGGCAUUUGUUGGUAUGGGUGCAACAGUGCUUGAUGGAGCUGUUGUGGAGAAAAAUGCAAUGGUUGCUGCUGGUGCCCUUGUCAGGCAGAAUACAAGGAUUCCUUGUGGAGAGGUCUGGGGAGGAAAUCCUGCUAGGUUUCUGAGGAAGCUCACAGAAGAAGAAAUUGCUUUUAUCUCGCAGUCAGCUGCCAACUAUUCUAAUUUAGCACAGAUUCAUGCUGGUGAAAAUGCAAAAAGCUUUGACGCGAUUGAAUUUGAGAAGGCGUUGCGGAAGAAAUUUGCUCGCAAAGACGAGGAGUACGAUUCUAUGCUGGGUGUUGUUCGUGAAACACCUCCCGAGCUGGUCCUGCCUGAUAAUAUCCAGGCACCAAAGGCCACUUAAAGUGUGGUUCAGUUGAUAAUGCCUUGAGUUUUUUGGUGUUAGCCAAUUUCUUUUUUCUUUGGGCUGACAAACAAGAAAAUAUCUACGUUUCAUUUUCAAUAAUUAAAGGUCAGGCUGAAACACAAAGAUUUUGUCCUGGUUUGCAGCUCUUGCAUUUCCUGUCUUUAAUCAGAAACUUUGAUUGUGGAUCAAGCACAAAUUGUACCGUAGAGCAGAUAGUUAUUUUUUUAAUAAACAAUUUGAAGCCAGCAGAGUUUUCUCCCCA